UUUAAAAUAGAAAAUUUUAUAAUCACAAACUAAACCAACUUUUCAAUCAUUUUCUCAUCAACCAAACACUAUUUAUUUUUUUAAUAAUCUUACUCAGUCAAAGAUACCAAACUGAAAACAAUCUCUUCAAUCGUUUAUGUCCACUUCCCAACACCAAAACCCCAAUUCAGAUGAUUGAUUUCUAGGAUUUUUCGUUAACAUGUUUCGAUCCGAAUUGGGUUUAGGGUUUUUGGUGAUUUCAUUUUGCUUAUCGUUCUGUCUUACAGUCGAAUCGAAGUGUUCCAAAGGCUGUGACCUAGCUUUAGGUUCGUACUACGUCUGGAACGGAUCGAACCUCACGUUCAUCGCCAACGUGACGAACGGUUCGAUCAACGAUAUUAUGAGCUACAAUCAAAUCGCCAACGCAGAUAGUGUUCUAUCGGGUACGAGAAUCAACGUUCCCUUUAGCUGCGAGUGCAUCAAUGGUGAGUUCUUGGGUCAUGUGUUUCAGUACUCGGUUAUCUCCGGCGAUACGUACCAGAAAGUGGCGAAUACGUACUACGCGAACUUGACUACGGAGACGUGGUUGCAGAAAUUCAAUGUUUAUGAUCCGAGUCGAAUUCCGGACACUGCGCAGCUCAAUGUAACAGUGAAUUGUUCGUGUGGGAAUAGUUCGGUGUCGAAGGCUUAUGGGUUGUUCAUCACGUACCCGCUUCGGCUGGGACAGAGUUUGCAGUCGAUUGCGACGGAGACGAAUUUGACUGCAGAUCUAAUAAGGAGUUACAAUCCGAAUGCGAAUUUCAGCUCGGGGAGUGAUCUGGUGUACAUUCCGGGGAAAGAUAAAAAUGGAAAAUAUCCGUCCCUGAACUCCAGCACAGCAGGAUUAUCAAGUGGGGUCAUAGCCGGGAUAUCCAUAGCAGGAGUUGCAGGGGUGCUGUUAUUGGCAGUUUGCAUAUAUGUUGGAGUUUACAAGAGGAAGAAAGUGCAGGACAAAAUAUUGCUUUUUGCAAGAUCUGAAGAUCAAUCAAUUCAAGCUGCAAGGGCUGCUGGAAGUACUUUGGAGAAAGCUACAGACUCCACUGGCAUUCCUGGUAGUGCUUCUUCAGGCCUUACUGGCAUAACUGUGGACAAAUCUGUAGAGUUCUCUUAUGAAGAGCUUGCAAAGGCAACUAAUGACUUCAGUAUUGCUAAUAAGAUUGGCCAAGGUGGCUUUGGGUCUGUUUACUAUGCUGAGCUGCGAGGCGAGAAAGCUGCAAUCAAGAAGAUGGAUAUGCAAGCUUCAAGAGAAUUCCUUGCUGAAUUGAAGGUUUUAACACAUGUUCAUCACCUAAACUUGGUGCGCUUGAUAGGGUAUUGUGUUGAGGGUUCUCUUUUCCUAGUUUAUGAAUAUAUUGAGAAUGGCAAUAUAAGUGAACAUUUACGUGGAACAGCGAGGGACCCCCUGCCGUGGCCUGCCAGGGUGCAAAUUGCACUUGAUUCAGCGAGAGGACUUGAAUAUAUACAUGAGCAUACUGUUCCUGUCUACAUCCAUCGUGAUAUCAAAUCAGCAAACAUACUGAUAGACAAAAACUUUCGUGGGAAGGUUGCAGAUUUUGGUUUAACAAAGCUGACUGAGGUUGGGAGUACGUCACUGCCCACUCGUCUAGUGGGUACAUUUGGAUACAUGCCACCUGAAUAUGCUCAAUAUGGUGAUGUUUCUCCCAAAGUCGACGUCUAUGCUUUUGGGGUUGUCCUCUAUGAACUUAUUUCGGCCAAGGAAGCCAUAGUCAAAGCAAGUGCUUCUUUGGCCGAGUCAAAGGGCCUUGUUGCUUUGUUUGACGAAGUUCUUAGUCAGCCUGAUCCAAAAGAAGACCUUCGCAAGCUGGUUGACCCUAGGCUUGGAGAUAGCUACCCCCUUGAUUCAGUUCACAAGAUGGCUCAGCUUGCUAAAGCUUGCACGCAAGAGAAUCCUCAACUACGGCCUAGCAUGAGAUCGAUUGUGGUGGCACUGAUGACUCUUUCAUCAACAACAGAAGAUUGGGAUGUUGGCUCGUUCUAUGAAAACCAAGCUCUAGUCAAUCUCAUGUCUGGGAGGUAGUGGUGCUGAGAAAGGGCAUGACAUAUAUUGGACCCUUAUGUCUCGUGAGGUUGUGAAUGUGAAUAACACCUAAAUGAAGCUGUUGAAGAUUUCAGAGAUACACAUAUCAUAUGUAAAUGUGUUGAUUUUUUAUGUGUAUAUAUUCAUUGUUUCAUGAGAGUACAUUCAAGGAAAAAAGAGAGUGAACCUUGAUUUGUCAUUUUAGCUAUGGAAGAAUUGCAAAUCUGAACAGAUCAUUACCGUGUCUUUCAUGUUUUCUAUUUGGAGUAAACAAACAAUUUGCAAUAACCAAAAUAAAAAUUGAAACA